GAAUCGAUCAUUAAUCAGCUAGAUGGCUCUACAUAGUUUACUGCUACCUUUCUUCCCCUCUGAGCAUCAUGUCAUGCUCUCGGACCGACUGCAUCGAGAAGCCGUUCUCCAGGCUCUUUGAGAAGCUCGGACAUCUGGUGGGUUCUUCUCCUGUGUGGUUCAUCAUCAUUCCUCUUCUCAUGUCCCUGGGGUUCGGAGGAGGUUUGCUUUUUCUUAGCGAGCUUGAGGAUAAUGACAUCGAGAACCAGUUCACACCUAUCAAUGGAUCGUCGAAGGCAGCAAGGCUUUUUGUGAUGGAGAACUUCCCACAUAACGACUCCAUGUUCUCGAGUCAAAGACUCUACUCUGAAGGGAAGUACGCUAUAACCAUCCUGUCUGCUGAAAACGGAGGCAACAUUCUUACAAAGAGUCUAUUUGAAGAAGUUCUUCGUGUUAACGACAAAGUGAACAGUCUUUCGGUGAAGCUCGGACAGACGGAGGUAGGCUUCCGGGAUCUGUGCACCACCGUGGAUGGAGAAUGCGUCAGCAACGGCAUCAUAGACAUCUCUGAAAGUAACGCAGGCCAAAUCGGGAAGAUAAACCUAACUUUCCCGAUUUAUGCUUUUAGAAGCAAACAACUUUUUCUCGGAUCUGAACUCGGUGGUGUGAAAACAUCUGGAAAUAUCGUUCAAAGUGUCCAAGCAGUCAGGCUGUUCUAUUUUCUAAAAGAUCUCUCCGGUUCUAACGACUGGUUGAAAGCAUUCCAUCGAGCUCUUUAUGAUGAAGCCAGCAACAAGAAUGUAAAGAUAUCUCACUUUACCUCGCUAUCCAGACAGGAGGAGGUGCAGAAACACACUACUGACGGCCUCCCGUUUUUUUCCAUCACCUACGUCCUUGCAAUCGUGUUUUCCAUUGUAUCAUGUAUGCGAUUGGAUAACGUGAGGAACAGGCUGUGGGUGGCGGUUGUGGGCGUUCUUUCUGCCGGACUGGCCGUCAUCAGUAGUUUUGGCUUGUUGCUGUACGCUGGAGUGCCGUUCGUCCUGACUGUGGCUAACUCGCCUUUCUUAAUUCUGGGCAUUGGUGUUGAUGAUAUGUUCAUCAUGCUGGCCAACUGGCAGCAGACUAACAUCAGAGACAGCGUUGAGAAGCGCAUGGCAGACACUUAUAAAGAAGCCGCCAUGUCCAUUACCAUCACGACGCUCACAAAUGUGCUGGGAUUCUACAUCGGUCUCACGAGUGACUUUGCCUCUGUCCAGGUCUUCUGCUUGUACACCAGCACAGCCAUUUUAUUCUGCUUCCUGUACAACAUUACCUUCUUUGGAGGCUUCCUGGCCCUCAACGGGAGGCGAGAAGCUGGGAACCGACACUGGCUGACCUGCUUGAAGAUCCCAUCCGUGCACCCAGUGGGUAGAUCCAAGGCAUACAGGCUCUGCUGCACAGGUGGGGACUUUGACUGGCAGACUGGCACUGAGAAAGAGCAGCCAGUUAAUCAUUUCUUCAAAAAGUACUACGGCCCCUUUCUUACCAAGACACCGACAAAGGUGUGUGUGAUAUUUCUGUACUUGGGGUAUCUCGCCGUUGGGAUUUACGGCUGCUUUCUUUUGGAACAGGGGACCGAAAUGUCACAUCUAGCAGCAGACGACUCAUAUGUAAACGUAUUUUACAAAGACCAGGACAAGUUCUUUUCCAGUUACGGCCCGAACGUCAUGGUGGUAGUGACGGAGAAGUUUCCGUACUGGGAUCAGUGCAGAAGAUCUGAGCUAGACCGCUGCAUGGAAGACUUCAAGAAGCUCAGUUUUGUCGACGGGGAUCUCUAUACCUCUUGGCUUGACGCAUAUGUGACGUUUACUGAAAAUACAGGACAAGACGCAAACAAUGAAACGGUUUUCAAAACCAAUCUGCCAAACUUCUUUAAACUUUUCCCUGAUUUCGAGCAAGAUGUGAACAUCAUAAACGAGACAAUCGUGGCCUCUCGGGUUUUUGUCCAGACUGUAGACAUUGUUAACUCUACGAUGGAGAUAACGAUGUUUAAUGAACUCAAAAACACAGCUGAAUACUGUAGAGCAGCAAAACUCCUGGUGUAUCAUCCCAUGUUCAUCUACUUGGAUCAAUACACGGUGAUAGUGAGCAGCACUGUUCAGAACGUGGGCGUCACUGCAGCGGUCAUGCUGGUCAUCUCACUUAUCUUGAUCCCCAAUCCCCUGUGCUCUCUCUGGGUCACAUUCUCCAUCGGCUCCGUAAUCACCGGGGUUGCAGGCUUCAUGGCGUUAUGGAAAGUAAAUCUAGACUCAAUUUCCAUGAUCAUUCUGGUUGUGUGUAUUGGUUUCACUGUCGACUUUUCAGCCCACAUUUCCUACUCCUUCGUCUCGAGUAAGAAAGAAAUGGCAAACGAGCGGGCUAUCGACGCCUUGUACUGUUUGGGGUAUCCCAUACUACAAGGUGCUUUGUCCACCAUAAUCGGCGUCUUGGUGUUAGCCGCCUCCAAGAACCACAUCUUUCGAACUUUCUUUAAAAUCAUGUUUCUUGUCAUGGUAUUCGGUUUGCUACACGGCAUCGUGUUCAUCCCAGUCUUCCUCACAUGGUUUUCCUGCAGCACCAAAAAACAGCAAAAGACAUGCAACGACGAACACUUGAAACAGAGUACGAGGGCAAGACAGACCGAAAUAUAUGUCACUCACAAUGCUAACCUGUGGUCAAGAGGAUCGCUGGACCCCGACUGUCCGUGACGAUCGGAAGAGUCUUUACUAGCUAAUGUCGUUCAGUAGCUUUCCUCCAAUAGCAAUGCUGUUCAUUUAACUAUUCAUUUUAGAAAUCGGUGAACUUGUAAAGAAUUUAUUUAUACAGAAGCAAACAUCGUGUAGAUUAUAAAUGUUUAAAAAUAGUUCAUUUAUAAAUAAGCUGUGAAAUAAAAAGAAAUGUAAAACAUUAAA